GCCCCCGAACGUUGGGCCCGACGGCCCCGCCCCGCGCUGUUGUUUGCGGCGUCGGCGCGGCCGCGCGAGCCGGACCACAACAUUCGCCGGGCGGCGGCGGCGGCGGCGGCUGCGGAGCUGCGAGCGCGAGCCCGGGGCGGCCGCCCAGCGCCAUGUCGGUGAACACGGACGAGCUGCGGCACCAGGUCAUGAUCAACCAGUUCGUGCUGGCCGCGGGCUGCGCGGCCGACCAGGCGCAGCAGCUGCUGCAGGCGGCGCACUGGCAGUUCGAGACCGCCCUGAGCACGUUCUUCCAAGAGAGCAACAUUCCCAACAGCCACCACCACCCGCAGAUGAUGUGUACUCCCAGCAACACCCCUGCCACACCACCUAACUUUCCUGAUGCACUAGCCAUGUUCUCCAAGCUUCGAGCCUCUGAGGGCCUGCAGAACAGCAACAGCCCCAUGACAGCUGUGGCUUGCUCCCCCCCUGCAAACUUCAGCCCCUUCUGGGCCGCAUCCCCACCCAACCACCAGACGCCCUGGAUCCCACCCUCUUCCCCCAAUUCCUUCCAUCAUCUCCACUGCCCACAGCCCACGUGGCCCCCUGGAGCAUCCCAGGGGGGCGCCCAGCAGAAAGCCGUGACAGCAAUGGAUGGCCAGAGAUGAGACUGGAUGGCACUGGGCUGGAGCAGGGGGCAGUCCAGGGUUGUGGGGACACAGAGGAGGGCUGGGGAGGG